AUGGCAACCCAGACCAACAGCCACGCCGCCCCGCCGGCCAUCCGCGCCUGCCUCUUCGACAUGGACGGUCUGCUGAUCGACACCGAGGACUUGUACACCAUCUGCACGAACAAGCUGCUGCACGAGUACGGCAAGCCGGAUUUGCCGUGGAGCAUCAAGGCGCAGUUACAAGGGCGGCCGGGGCCCGAGUCCCAACGCAUCUUCCACGCCUGGGCCCAACUGCCCAUCACGCACGACGAGUUCAUGCGCAAGCAAUCGGCGCUGCAGCACGAAUACUUCCCUUCGACGCAGCCCCUCCCCGGGAUCCCCGCCCUGCUGACCACGCUCGAGCAACGCACCUCCCCACAAGUCGAGCUCGCGCUCGCCACGUCCUCGCACGCCGCAAACUUCCGCCUCAAAACCUCGCACCUGACCAGUUUAUUCGCGCCCUUCGCGCCCGAGCACCGCGUGCUGGGCGACGACAGCCGCGUCGCGCCGGGCCGCGGCAAGCCCGCGCCGGAUAUCUACUUGCUUGCGCUGGAGACGAUCAACGCGCGCUUGCGGCGCGAAGGCGGCACCGAGGUUAAGCCCGCCGAGUGCCUUGUUUUCGAGGACAGCGUGCCGGGCGUGGAGGCCGGAAGGAGGGCAGGCAUGCAGGUCGUGUGGUGUCCGCACCCGGGGCUGCGGGAGGAGUACCGCGGAAGGGAAGCGGAGGUGCUGGCUGGGCUGACGGGGGAGCACAAGGAGGACGACGACGAUGCGGUGACGAAGGGCGAGAAGCUGGCGGAGGAGGCGGAGGCGGUCGAGGCGAAGAAGGCGGGCAUUGCGAGACGCCCGGGUGCUCCCGGCGAGCUGGACGAUGGCUGGGGCAGGCUGUUUGACAGCUUGGUCGAUUUCCCGUAUGCCGAUUAUGGCAUUGCUGUUAAGGCGUAG